AUGGCAUGGCUACUAAUUAGCGCCCCACCACAGUCCGAUGGCGAAGACGAGCAAGCAAAGGCGAGACGCGAGCAGCAAGAGACCGAGACUCGUGAGUGGCUCAGCCUGCAGAUCUCGCAGAAGCAAACGGAGAAGCAACGUGAGCUGCAGCGCCAACAGGAAGAAGCAGCUGUAGAGGCAGCUCUGCAGCGGCGGGCAGGACAGCUACAGCAGAUGCAGCAGCUGUGUAGGCAGGCUCAACAGCUGGCGUGCGAUGAAGCCAACGCGGCGCUCGCGAGCGACACAGCCGCGCGUCUGGCAGAGGAGCGGAGGCUCGGUCAGGAGGCGGAGCGUCGCCACGUGGAGGGCGCCGUGCGUGGCAGUCUACUGACUGAAGAUCCUGCCGCGGCCACUAGCAGGCUGGGUCCUCACAGGGUGUUGGUCAACAAAUGGAAAGGCUUCUCGCCAGAACAGCGGCAGCAGCAGCUUGAUAAACUGGAGAGUCAGAUCCGAGAAAAUAAGGCUCGGCAGGAGUUGCUGCAGAAAGAGCAAAAAGAGUGGGAGGCUCACGCUGCUCACGUAGACGAGAAGACCGAGAAACAAUUCAGGAUUUUUUUGGAAGAGAAAAGACGUCAACAGGCCGAAUUACUGGCAGCAAACAAGCGUUUGGCAGAACAACAGCGCCUACGCCGCCUCCAGGAGCACCAACUUUACGGGACUAAUCAGCCAACAGAAGACUAUUUCGACGGCUUCGGCGUAUACGCACGUUGA